AUGUCGUCCAAUCGAGGAUCGUGGCGUGCCUCUUUGCGAGGCUCGAGAGGGGGCGGACGCUCUUCUGGGAAUCAUGGCAAGCGGCCCGCCCACAACCAAGAGAGCCUGCCGUGCCAUCAUUUCCAGCGUGGUAUGUGCUCCUACGGUGCGAGGUGUCGCUUUUCACAUGACCGAACUCGAGGCGGCGGAAGGAAUCGAGACAGCCACGCCAACGACGAGCCGGAGACGCCGGACCAGGUUGAAGCGAGGACGGCCUACUUUGACUGGAGGCGACUGCUGCGAUUUUCUCCUCCUAUCCGAGGUGGUAGUGACCUGUCUCUGGUUCAGCUUUGGGCUGGCGCUGGCGACAUACUCGACGGAAGUGGCCGAGACUGGCACCAAAUGCUGAUCAAAGACCUCGUGGAUGACGAAUUCUCCGGCCGCCAAUACAUUAAUGCCACGAUUGCCCUUAACGUAUUGACCGAUGACAGCACAACGAGGUCCAUCGCCGAUGAUUUCAUCAAAGUCAUGACCCAUCCGUCGCUCCUCGACUGUCUCUCGGUCGGCACCUAUGUCGGGGAGCUGUACCACAUCGCAAGCGGUGCCUAUGGAGACGUGGCACUGGACUUCAUUGCCAAGUAUUGCAAGGGCUUGCUCUUGUGCCACGAGAAGUUUCCCAGAAUACACACCCCGGUGAAUAUGGAGGCAUCUCUCCAGAGGGUAUCGACUUUGGUCGGUGAACUCCUUCGGCGACGACGGCUUUUGGCGCUCCAGGACGGUCUUGUCGAGCUCUUGGUCGCCAUGGACAGUGUUGCGGUCCUUCUCAACUCUCCGGAAACUAUUACUAGCUACACUGCGUGUGCAGAUCACAUUGCCACUCUGCGUCGCAUGGUAGAGCUGUCCGCGGCGCGUCUGACCGCUGCCGCCGAUCCCUCCAACGGCUCCGCUGCCUCGCCCGCUUCUCAACCGGGCCAUGUCUUCCCGAUCGAGCUCGAGCUCCCCGGCGGGAGGCAUGACAACGACCAUCUCGACAUCGGUCGAAUCAAAAUCUUCCCGACCACCGACGAGGUGUUGUCUACCCGAAACGACUUCCUGCCAUCGACCGACUUCCGACAGCCCCAUUUCUACAACGAUCCCGUCCAGCGCUACCUCGACACGCACUUCAGGCUCCUCCGGCAUGAUACGUUUGGUCCGUUGGUCGAUUUCCUGCAUCAAGCGCUGCUGUCGUUCACGGAUGGAGCCAGCCCCCUCAGUGUGCAUGAUGGAAAUGUCCGAGCAUACGUCUACCACGCUGCGGCGAUCUCGCACCUCUCAGUAGAUGACAGGCGAGGCUUCGAGUCCCAUGUAUCCUUCUCUUUGCCGCAAUACCUGCGACGGAAACCUGCCGACGAGCGGCAGACCUGGUGGGACCAGUCGAAGCGACUGGAGCAGGGCGCCCUGGUGUGCUUCGUCUGCGCUGUCGACAGUCGCCCGACGCCCUUGCUCCUCGUCGUCAGCGACAAGUCCACGAACCCCAAACAGAAAAACAACCUUGUCUCAGAUGCCCACAGAGGGACCAUCUCGGCUAAGCUGGCGACGCCAGUACGCACGGAUCUGGAGCUCCUGGCUCGAGUGUACCACCACAAGAUCAAUGGAGUCUUGAUUGAUCUCCCCGACCUGAUCCCUGCGACCUUCAAGCCAAUUCUGGAGAACCUCCAGCACAUGAUGCUGCACACGCUGCCAUUCCAAAGAUGGAUCAUUCCGGAUCCGGCCAAUGCGCGGGACGCUCCUGACACAAUUCCUCCGCCUAGGUACGCGCGUCGAGCUGGGUUCGCAUUUCGCUUGGACUCAAUCCUCCAGGACAAAACCCGCAGUUUGAUACUCAGCUCCACUGCCUCGAAGGACGAUGCUGCCAUCUUGGACCGUGUUGUGGCUGAGACUGGCCUUGACCGUGGCCAGGCUGCGGCCCUCGUCAUUGCUCUUACGACGGAGUAUGCCUUGCUCCAAGGACCACCCGGGACUGGAAAAUCGUACCUCGGCGUGAAGCUGCUCCAGGUGCUUCUUGCCUGCAAGAGUUCGGCAGACCUCGGCCCCAUAGUAGUGAUAUGCUACACCAACCAUGCCCUGGACCAAUUUCUACAGCACCUCCGGGCUGUUGGUAUCAAUGGCAUCAUUCGCAUCGGCGGACGAAGCCGGUCGGCAGACCUCGACGAUUGCAACCUUGUCGAGGCGAGCCGCAGGAUCCCCAAGUCCAAGAAUGAAAGUUGCAUUCUGGGCAAGACAUAUUCGGAGUUGGAUGAACAGCGGAUAUCCCUCGGGCACCGUCUGGCGGGUCUCCAUGCCCUGCGCAAGGAAUCGUCGUCGAAGCACCUGCGGCGAUAUUUGGAGCGGAAUCGCGCCAAGAUCCAUGCCCAAUUCUUCCCAAAUGAGCGGGACGGGUACAUCACCGUCGGAGACCCAAUCUCUGUCUGGCUAGGCAAAAGUUGGCAACCCUUCUCCGCUGAGACGAGUGUAGCCGCCACAGCCGAGCAGCUCAAGGACAUAGGGUGUCGGGCGACUCGCGACGUCAACUCCCUGUCUCGAUCGGACCGUCGCCUCCUCUACCAGUUUUGGUUGGAUGAAAUCCGCACGGAGCAGACGGACUCGUUAUUCGAGGAGAUCCGUCACAUUGAGGCGCAGCGCGCACGCAUCGAUGAGGUCCACAACGAGGUCAAUCGACGAGCCCUGCUGAAAGCGGAUGUCAUCGGCAUCACAACCACAGGGCUUGCCAAAGAAACCGCUACUCUCCGCCAUCUGAAGGUCAAGGUCGUCAUCUGCGAAGAAGCUGCCGAGGUGCUCGAGCCUCACCUCAUCUCGGCUCUCAUGCCCGGUAUCGAACAUUUCAUCCAGAUUGGCGACCACCAGCAGCUGCGGCCCCAGAUCACCUGCCGCUCUCUAAGCAUGGAGGUGCCCAGCGGCGCACCCUAUCAACUUGACCGAAGCCAGUUCGAGCGCCUCGCCGUGGGUCAGCCCGGAUUGGCGCCACUCCCGGUCGCCCAGCUCAACGUCCAGCGACGAAUGCGGCCCCAAAUCUCGCAGCUCAUCAGGCAGACCAUGUAUCCGCGUCUGGAGGACCACGAUACUGUGAAUCAAUUGCCUGAUGUGAUAGGAAUGCGGAACAGUGUUUUCUGGCUCACCCACAGUCAUGCUGAGGACGUGGCUGGCGAAGACAAGCGCCUGAAAUCUCACGGCAAUGCGUGGGAAGUGGGCAUGGUGGUGGCCCUGGUCCGACAUCUCGUCCGACAAGGAGCAUACAAGAGCACCGACAUCGCGGUCCUCACUCCCUAUGCAAGGCAGCUGCAGCAGCUUCGCGCCGCUCUGGCCUGCGACUUUGUCGUCGUUCUUAGUGACAAGGACGAGGACGUCCUAGCCCGAGAUGGCUUCGCCGAGGCUGCGGACCCCAACAGCCAAACCCCGCUCGAGAAGAAGAAGCUCGUCGAUGCGAUCCGUCUUGCCACCGUCGACAAUUUCCAGGGCGAAGAAGCCAAGGUCGUCAUUGUCUCGCUGGUUCGCAGCAACGAUCGCCACAAGGUCGGCUUCCUCAGGACGUCAAACCGCAUCAAUGUGCUGCUGAGCCGCGCCCAGCAUGGCAUGUACCUCAUCGGCAACUCCGCCACGUACUCUAACGUUGCUAUGUGGGUUGACGUCCAACGCCAGCUCGAGGCCAGCAAUUCCAUCGGCACGGCAUUCGAACUCUGCUGUCCGCGGCACGUCGACACGCCAAUCCGGUGCAGCGAGCCCGAUGACUUCGCUCGCUUCAGUCCCGACGGCGGCUGCAACCUCCCCUGUGACCGCCGCCUGGACAGCUGCGGCCACCAGUGCUCGGCCAAGUGCCACUCGGAGACCAUGCACAGCGCCUUUGCAUGCAUCCAGCGCUGUCCACGCAUCAGAAUGACCUGCACCCACAGCUGCCCCAGGCUGUGUGGCGAGGCCUGCGGACCGUGCCUGGUUCUGGUAAACGACGUGCCUCUCCCGUGUGGACAUCGUGUCGACAAACUGCGGUGUUGCCAGACGCUGGACAUAGGCAAGAUUCUUUGCCAGGUCCGUGUUCAGAGGACGGUCUCUGGUUGCGGCCAUGUCGUGGAGGUUGCAUGUUCUGUCGACAUGACUGCCAGGGGGUUCAAGUGCCUUACGCCGUGCGAGAAGGUCCUGCAUUGCGGACACAUAUGUCCCGGAUCUUGCGGAACAUGUGUGCGUGGAGAAAGCGACGACAUCGUCCACAAAUCAUGCGGUCGACAGUGUGGUCGCCCAUACGACACCUGCGGCCAUGUCUGCCAGAGCAAAUGCCAUUCGGGCCGGCCAUGCACGCCCUGUGCUCGCCAAUGCGAGGUCCGUUGUGCCCAUUCACGCUGCUCGCUCUCUUGUCAGCAGGCAUGCCAUCCGUGCAUCGAGAAGUGUGCCUGGUCUUGCGAACACCAGGGUGACUGCCCGAUGCCCUGCGCUGCACCCUGCAAACGCCUCCCGUGCAACGAGAGAUGCCGCAAGAUUCUCAAUUGCGGACACCAGUGCCCGAGUAUAUGUGGCGAGACUUGCCCUGAGGGUUACUGUCAGGUCUGCGGCCAGCACAUUGCCGCUCGUGUUGACCUCCUCGAGCUCAAGGACUACCAAGACAUCGACCUUGACGAAACCCCUAUCGUUGUCCUUGGUUGUGGCCACUUCUUCACAGCCGAAUCUUUGGAUGGAUUAGCGAACAUGAGCCAAGUGUAUGUGGAUGAUCCUCUGACAGGACACUACACUGGCCUCCGGAAAUCGUCGACCAACCUGUCGGUCCCUUGCUGCCCAGACUGCAAGCAGCCUAUCAGACAGUUUGUCACCAAGAGAUAUGGCCGCGCCAUCAAUCAAGCCGUCAUGGACGAGAUUUCGAGCAAGUUCCACGUCGACGGUCUCAGAGAGCUGGCCAAACUGGAGAGUCGUAUCCAGGACGUCGCGGACACCCUCCAGAGCAGCCGCUCGGCCGGACAGGAUUCGGCGACGCGGGCCCUAGACGACAAAACCAGAUACUCCGAGGCCAAAAAGCUGAAGAAGGAUAUUGACCAGUUCCGUCGGAGGAUAGGUGCCGAACAGCAGCCAACUAAAAAACUCUUCGACGCCGUUCGUCUCGCCAGAAGAUGCGGAGAUGGAAGAAUCGACGGCAUGGUGGCGGGACUCAGCUUAGACGAUCCAACCCCAUCGGCACCUGUGUUGGACAAGCAGAUCAUCCUAGGAACAAACCUCGCGCGUCUGAAGCUUGAGGACAUAGUCCUCCACGACAACUUCUUCCUGGAAUCCAGGCGUGGAAAUGCAUUCUCGAUUUUGGAUCCAACGCUACAUCAGGAGCAGGCACCUGCAUUUCUGUGCGAGUGUAAAGCGUUUAUUGAGGAGUGCCGGAAUGAGAAUCUCCCCAGAAUGGCAAUGCAGGGCAUUGCCGCCUACGCGCGCAUCGCAAAGAGCUUCGAGAGUUUUUGCCGUGGUUGUCCCGCUGAGGCGUCAUCCUCGUCAGCUUCGCCCGAGGCCUGCGUCGACAUCGCGCGAAACCUGCUCCAGACGGUACCUGACCUAUGCAAAGUGGCUUUUGAAGGCGCAAAGGAGCUUCAGGCCGAGAUCGAGCAGAUCUCGCGACUGUAUGAGCGGGGGCGGUACGAGCCGGUCACGGCCGAUGAGAUCGCCGCCAUCAAGACCGCCAUGGUCAGCGGCACGGCCGGCAUCGCCACCCAUUCUGGGCAUUGGUACAAGUGCCGCAAUGGACACACCUUUGCAAUCGGCGAGUGCGGGAUGCCCAUGGAGCGCGCCCGUUGCCCCGAAUGCCAGGCCCCAAUUGGGGGACAGGACCACACGCUGGUAGAGGGCGUGACCCGGGAUAAGGAUAUGGAGUAG